AUGCCGUUGAAACGAAAGACUCGAACAACCUUAAGUCCUGACGAUUCAAUUAAAAAACAAAAACAUGAAUCAAAUCAGUCAAUCGACAUUCCCAUUGAGAAUUGCUUGAUGUGGUUUAGAACGGAUUUAAGAAUUCAAGAUAAUAUAGCACUUCAUAAAGCCUCAACCAUAAUUUUUACGAAAUCCGAAAAAAGUAAUUAUGUAUUCGCUAUAUACCUGAUUUCCCCGGAGGAAUGGAGGUCACAUGAUGUAGCUCCAACCAGAGUGGAUUUUUGGCUGCGAAACUUAAAAGAAUUAAAGAAAUCAUUAAACGAGUUAAAUAUUCCGCUGAUUAUAGAAAGCGUUGAUAAUGCUAGCGAUGUUCCCAGUGUUAUGAUCGAUUGGUGUAAAAGAUUGAGAAUAAGUCAUCUAUUCGCCAAUAUAGAAUAUGAGGUGGAUGAAAUGAAGAGAGAUAAGCAAGUUUUUGAUUCUGCAACGUCUAAUUCAAUCAAAGUCGAAAUGUUGCAUUCUCAAUGUAUUGUGAAACCGGGGCUGUUAAAGACGAAGGAGGAAAAACCAUAUAGGGUGUAUACGCCUUUCAAGAAUUCUUGGUUUCGUCAUGUUGAAUCGGAUCUUUCGAUUCUUGAAUCAUCACCAAUUCCAUUUCCAAAUUCGGUAUCUAUACGUAAUUCAUAUCUGGAAACCUUUUCUUUUAAGGUUCCUUCUUCAAUUCCAGGAUUCGAAAUCUCUUCAGAAUUAGCAAAGAUUACUCGAUUCAAUUUUCCAGCAGGAGAGCAAUACUGUCAUUCUUUAUUAUCGAAAUUUCUCUUGCAAAAGGUCUCAAAAUAUUCAGAUGCAAGAGACAUUCUCUCGCAAAAUGGAACGUCAUCAUUAUCACCUUACUUGGCUUCAGGAAUUAUAUCUGCAAGGCAAUGCGUUUAUAAAGCUUUUAUAUCCAAUAAUAAUAAAUUAUCAACUGGUAAAAAUGGAAUCGUUAAAUGGAUCGAAGAAAUUAUUUGGAGAGAAUUUUACAGACAAAUUCUCGUCGCCUUCCCUCAUGUAUGCAAAAAUAUGCCAUUCAAGAAACAUAUGGAAAAUAUUGAAUGGAAUAAUGAUGAAGAAAAUUUUAGGAGAUGGUGUCAAGGUAAAACUGGUUAUCCAAUUGUUGAUGCUGGGAUGAGACAACUUAAUGGAAUGUGUUGGAUGCAUAACAGAGCUAGGAUGAUCGUUGCCAUUCAUUUGAUUGAUGGAGAUUUUGCAAACAAUAAUGGUGGAUGGCAAUGGUGUGCUUCAACUGGAUCGGAUGCGCAGCCAUAUUUUAGAAUUUUCAAUCCAACGACUCAAAGUAAGAAGUGGGUUCCAGAAUUAAAGCAUCUUGAUUCUAAACAAAUACACAAUCCUUUUGGGGUUUUGAAUGAAUCCGAGUUCAAAAAGCUAGGAUAUCCGAAGCCAAUAGUUGAUCAUCAAAAAGCAAGGGUCGUUGCUUUAGAAAGAUUUAAAAAAAUGUUGGUGUGCAAACGCCGUCUUGAUUAUUUUGGAAGGAAACCUUUUAGAUAUGAAUACUCGAGUAAUAAAUUUUUAAAGUUUUGCGUGCGCCUUUUACCGUUUAAUGUAAGGGAACGCUUGGUUAAUUCCAAUGUGUUACCGCCUUUAUGUUUAAAAGCUGUGACGGAAUGGAUCAUUCAUCAUAACAUGAAAAAUCAAUAUUUUGUCAUGGAUUAUGACGUUCAAGUGGAACAACAGUUGAAAGUAUAUAAGGAGUUGAUAAAGCACGUGGUUGAUCAUGUCAUUCCGAAAGGAUCUCAUCUUGAAGUUUUACAAUGUUUUACUUGGUGGCCAGAGGAUAUUUUUGAGGAUUUUAGCAAGAUAUUUUCACGUGUUGACAUGUUGAUCCUUCAUUGGUAUCAGAUGUUAAGAAUUAAAUCGACCAUCAUAACGACACCUUUAAUUUCGAAUGCUUUGAAACUUAAUGCGAGAUCUUUAGAAUAUUUGGAGGUGAAUGCUGGUGGUUCGAUCUCGUUAGAAAUAUUUUCUGAAUGUGAUAACCUGGAAUAUUUGAUCGUUACAAAAGAUGAUAAUUAUUUUCAUCCAAAUAAUUUGAGAAAAUUAUCACUCAAAGAUUUUAGAAAGAUCAAUUUUAAAGAUACGGUGAAGAUCAUUAGCACCACAAAUUUUCAUUUAACCACCCUGUGUUUAUUAUGGAAGGAAGAAUCAGAUCCGGAAAAUUUUUCGUUACUGAUAUCAACCAUUGUAGCGUAUGGUCCUAAAUUAAAGGAUCUUGAAAUUAUUUUUAACGAGAAUUCAGCGUCAAAGAUACUUUCAUUGUUAUGUUCAUGUGAUAUGUUGAAGAAUUUAUGUUUGAAAAACACCAAAGAUUUGAAUAUUGACAUGUGGAUGCAAAAUCUUGGGCAAGUUAUUCCAAAAACCUUAAAAACGUUAAAUCUACAAAAUUCUUUCACGUUCACGUUAGGAUCUCUGGAAAAUUUUUUAUUUGAAUGUGAAAGAAAUUCGAUAAAUGGUUUACGAUUUAAUAUUCAGGAUGGAGGGUAUUUUGGAUGCUUCGAGCAAAACAAGUUGGAUGGAUCCAAUGGAAUUCAUGGAGCAGGUGCUGCUCGCUUUGGAAGAGUAAGUGCUUGA